AUGACAUAUAUAAACGACUUUGAUGAGUUUUAUAAUAGAGCUGAGACAUUAUAUAGGUCUGAUCCAUCACGGACAAGAUAUUCAUUCAAGUUUAGACAUGUAGAUAGCAAGAUAGUGUUGAAGGUGACCAACGAUAGACAGACACUGGUAUAUCAUACAGAUAAAGAGAAUGAUCUGAAGAGGAUUGAUACUCUAAAUAACUUAUUCUUUCAACUCACAACCUCUCAA